AUGGAAGUGUAUCGUGGUGCCAAUCUUGAUCGAGAAAUGAUAGAAUGUUAUAAAGAAGCCAUUGGUAUUUACAAGUGUUGGUAUGGAUUUUCUUCAACAAGUAAAAAUCGACAUAAAGCAGAAGCAUUUGGAAAUACCUUAUUUAUUAUUGAUCUGACAAAGACUAAGAGAGGUGGCUUUGAUAUCUCAUCAUAUUCAUGUUACCCGCAUGAAGAGGAAGUCCUCCUUCCUGCUGGAACAGCGUUUAAGGUUAUCAGUGUUCAAUCUGACAUGGAAAACAAUAAACAUUGUAUUUCUUUAGAUGUUCUAAAUGAUCUGGAUAAUGACGAGAGCUCUGAUUUCUCCAACAAAGGUUUAUCGGCAAAAGACGCCCACACAUUGAAGAUUAAUACAACACUAAAAUGGCUGGAUAUUUCGAAUAAUAAUAUAUCGAAUGAAGGUGCAACAUCCAUUGCUGAUGCAUUGAAGAUAACUUUUGAUCCGCCAGUUCAAUCAAGCUCAAAUUAUUCUUGGUAUUAG